CCGACGCGCGCGAUGGGCGAGCAAGCGAAGCCGCUGCUGCCGUUCCUCCAGCGCGGUGACGAAUUGCAGCGCGCGGACCCCAAGGUGGCGUACUACUGCCGCAUGUUCGCGUGCGAGGAGGGCAUGAGGACGUCUGAUAAGACUCCGGAGAUGCGCGAGCUCCUGUCGCUCCUCGUGCUGCAGCUCGAGAAGACGAAACCUUCCGCGGGGCUCCAGGGCGCGGAGGAGGACGAGGCGUACGUCGAGAACUUCGCGCUGCGUCUGUUCGCGAAGGCGGACAAGCUCGACCGCGGGGGGCGACGCGACGCGAAGACGGCGAAGCUGUUUUACGUCGCGUCGAUCGUGAUCGAGACGCUGAGGCAGUUCGACGUGAGCAACGGCGCGAAGCACGAGCUCAGCGACGAGAUGGCGGGGAAGCAGCGAUACGCGGCGUGGCGCGCGGGGGAGCUCGCGAAGGCGAACCGAGAGGGGAGGACCGCGGCGCCGCCGCCGGAAGAGGGGGAGGACGAGAGCGCGAGCGCCGCGAGGACGACGGGCGGCGGCGGCACAGCCGGCGGCGGCGGCGGUACAGCUGGCGGCGGCGGAGAGGAAGCGACGACGACGACGACGACGACGCAGGCGUUCGCGGACGGCGUCUCCGCCGCGCACGUCGCGGACGCGCAGAAGCACGCCAAGUACGCGGUCAGCGCGCUCGGGUUCGAGGACGUCCCGACCGCGAUCGAUAACUUGAACAAAGCGCUCGCGCUGCUCACGGGCGUGCGAGGGUUGCGAGAGCCGUGACGACGAAGCGUUUGGGAUUCGAGGAGAUCGAAUGAGUAGUUUUCGUUGUAGUACACGCGCGCGAUAGCCAGC